AUGUCAACGUCGAGCAAGAGGGCUGCUCCUGUCCAGGAUUCUGAGGAAUCGCAGCCUCAAAAGAAGCUCAAGGGCCCUGUUAUAGCUGAUGGAAAGUCUAUAUUGAUGUGGUUUCGAACGGAUCUGAGGACAUUGGACAACACUGCUCUCUUUGCCGCCAGCCAGUCAGCAUUGAAACUAUCUUUGCCACUGGUUGCUCUCUUCAUUGUCUCGCCACAAGAAUGGAAGAAUCAUUUGGUAGCUCCCAUUAAAGUGGACUUUUGUUUUCGAGCAUUGCAAUCACUCUCUACCACUUUAUCAUCAUUGGGUAUUCCUCUACUGAUUAAAGAAGUUCCUACAAAAACGGAUGUCAUUCAAAUGGUGAAACAGACAUGUACCGACUUUAAAGCCUCUGAACUCUGGUACAAUAUCGAAUACGAAGUGAAUGAAUCUAGAAGAGAUGCCAAAGUACAGACUGAACUGGCUACCAUGGGCAUUAAUGUCCUUCCGUGUCACGACCAGUGUGUAGUUAGGCCAGGAUUAGUGAAAACGAAAGAAGGAAAAGAUUAUACUGUGUUUACGCCAUUCAAGAACUCGUGGAUUGCCUAUGUAGAGUCUAAGAAGAUGCUCUUGAAGUUGAAGCCAGCACCUUCAGUAAUGCCUUCUCUAUCUGAAGACAUAUCGGCCUUGGUAGCCGACCAUCUCAAAGUCCCAAGCUUCCAUCCAGAUUUCCGCCUGGACGACGCUAAAGCAGCUCGUGCCAAAGAAGCAUUCCCAGCCUCAGAAGCCCACGCUCAAUCUCGGCUCACCAACUUUGUAAACACCAAGAUUACAAAGUAUGGGGACGACCGUGACAAGACGUUUAUGGAUGGAACGUCAGCCCUGAGCCCAUACCUCGCGUCAGGCUUGAUCUCGGCGCGUCAGUGCCUUGAAAAAGCAAUGGCUGCCAAUGGAAACAAGCUGGCAGGCCAAAAAGGCCCUUCCACUUGGAUCUCCGAGAUUAUAUGGCGAGAGUUCUACCGACAAGUAUUGGUUGCGUUUCCUCGAGUCUGUAUGAACAAGAGUUUCAAACCUGAAGGGCACAAGAUUGUAUGGAAGGAUGAUGAGGAAGCGUUUAGAGCUUGGUGCCAGGGUCGUACUGGGUUUCCAAUAGUGGAUGCUGGUAUGAGGCAGUUGAAUGAAACUGGGUGGAUGCAUAACCGUGCCCGAAUGAUUGUGGCAUCAUUCUUGGCCAAAGAUCUCCUCAUAAACUGGAAGAGGGGCGAAAAUUACUUCCACGAGCAUCUCAUUGAUGCUGAUUUGGCCUCCAACAAUGGUGGAUGGCAAUGGGCUGCCUCCACAGGCACCGACUCGCAGCCCUACUUUCGAAUAUUCAAUCCGCUACUUCAGAGUGAGAAGUUUGAUCCCGAUGGCAAAUUCAUUAGGAAGUACGUACCAGAAUUGGCGUCCUUGAAGGGUAAGGCUAUUCAUGACCCAACUAGUGCACUUGGUGUCAAAGGAGUUGAGAAACUUGGAUAUGUCAAGCCCAUCGUUGAUCAUAAAGCCGCCAAGGAUGCUGCCUUAGCAGCUUAUGCAUUGGCCUUCAAGAAGACGGCUGUCUAA